AUGACCGCGCUACCAACGUGGAUUCCCCCGACGAGAAAGACGGACGAGCCGGUCCUGAAGGUCUACAAUACCCUCACGAAGGCGAAGAACGAGUUCAUCCCCAGCAAUGGAAGGCUCGUCAAGUGGUACAACUGCGGUCCGACCGUCUACGACGCGUCGCAUAUGGGGCACGCAAGGAACUACGUCUCGCAGGACAUCCUGCGGCGAAUCAUGUCUGAUUACUUUGGCUACGACGUGCACUUUGUCAUGAACAUCACCGACAUUGACAACAAGAUCAUCGACCGUGCACGCAAAACCCACCUCCUCGAAACCUUCCUCAAAGAAAGCACUCAACUUACCCCCGAACUCAUCGCACAAACCGAGGAUGCCUGGCGCCUCUACAUCCGCACCAAGGUCGCGAAGGGCCUCCCCGAAUCCGAACGGCCAGCGGAGGGUCAGGAAGACGCAACGUGGAAGCGCAUAUCCGAGUCCAUCACCGACCCAGCAUGGAAAGCCGAGGCUCUGAAGCGCUCCGAGCCGUUCGACAUGCAUGCCACCGCUGCACGACGCAGUUUGGCAGCGAUUGCGCUUGCGAAGGAACAGCUCGCGCAGGGAGACACGUCUGAGAAGGCGGCGCACACACUCAUCAAUGCUGCGAACGAGGUGCUCGAGGAGCUGCUCGACCAAAAGUAUAAAUCCACUGUGACCGACCCCUCCCUAUCAAGAAACCUCGCCGCCUACUGGGAGGGCCGCUUCUUUGAUGACAUGGCCCGCCUCCGUGUCCGCCGACCAGACACGGUCACCCGCGUCACCGAGUACGUCCCCGAGAUCGUUGCCUUCGUACAGAAGGUCAUCGACAACGGGUACGCAUACGAGAGCGCGGGUAGUGUAUACUUCGAUACCCAGGCCUUUGACGCCGCGCCGAACCACUUCUAUGCGAAGCUUGAGCCUUAUAGCAAGGGGAACCGGGAGGAUGACGGCGGCUCUCGCGCAGCAGGACAACGCUCGGCAUCCGACUUUGCGCUCUGGAAAGCCUCAAAACCUGGCGAGCCCUACUGGGAAUCGCCCUGGGGUCACGGGCGUCCCGGCUGGCACAUUGAGUGCUCGGUCAUGGCCAGCGCCAUUCUGGGCGACAACAUGGACAUCCACAGCGGUGGCGUCGAUCUGGCAUUCCCGCAUCAUGAUAAUGAGAUGGCGCAGUCCGAGGCUUACCACGACUGCUCCGCAUGGGUCAACUACUUCCUGCAUACUGGUCACUUGCAUAUAGAGGGUCUGAAGAUGAGCAAGUCAUUGAAGAACUUCAUCACUAUCGACGAAAUCCUCGAGCGCUUCACUGCACGACAAUUACGAUUAUCCUUCCUCUCGCAGCUUUGGAACGCGAAGCUUGACUUCUCGGAGGCCCUGAUGCAGGGUGAGGUCCGGGGCAUCGAGGCGCAGUUCAACAACUUCUUCACCCUGGUCAAGGCCCUCAUCAGCGAUGCCAAAGCCAGCGGACAGAAGUCCGACGGCUACCACCACUACGAAGCACAGGAGGCCGAGCUGACCAAGGCCCUAUACGAGGCCCAAGCCGCCUUCCGCGCCGCCCUCUGCGACUCCUUCAACACUCCCGUCGCGCUCAACGUCCUUCGCGACCUCGUCUCUCGCACAAACGUCUACGUCAAUUCGCGCGGCAAGCUCGUCAACCUCGCCGUCGUCGAGCAGGUCGCGCGCUGGGUGGGUAAGAUGUUGCGGAUGUUCGGUUUGGGUGAGGGUGAGGUCGAUGAGAUUGGGUGGGGGAAUGCUGACCAAACGUCUGAGCAGAAGGAGGAGGUCCUCAUGCCCUACCUGCGCGCCAUGUCCGCAUUCCGUGAUGCGGUACGGAAGGUGGCGAUUGAGAAGUCGCCGUCUGCGCUCAAGGACAUCCUCGCGCUAUCCGACCGGUUGCGGGAUGUCGAUCUCGUUCCUUUGGGCGUAGCGCUCGAUGACCAAGAGGACGGCAAAGCCCUCGUCAAGCUCGUCCCCGCCGAAGAGCUCAUCGCCGCUCGCGAGGCCAAGCGCGCCGCUGCCGAGGCCAAGGCAGCCAAGAAGGCCGCCGCACAAGCAGCAGAGGAGCAGAAGCGUAUCCAAAAGCUCGAGAAGGGCCGCCUGCCGCCGAGUGAACUGUUCCGCCCGCCGCAGGUGCCGGAGGGUACGUACAGCCGGUGGGCUGAGAACGGGCUGCCGACGCACGAUGGGGAGGGGAAGGAGCUGAGCAAGAAUCAGGUGAAGAAGGUGCAGAAGGAGUGGGCGGCGCAGGAGAAGCUGCAUCAGGCGUUUUUGGAGUGGCAGAAGGAGAAGGGGGGUCAGUAG